AUGUUCUUGCUCUCCAGAAAGGACCUCAAGACCGUGUUGGAGGUCUUUGCUGUUUUCCAGUGGGCACUCAGUGCUCUUCUUAUCAUAACGAUGGUGAUCCUUGUCAACCUCUACCUACUGGUGUUCACAUCAUACUGGCUUAUCACUGUGCUCAUUUUCAUCUGGCUGGCUUUUGACUGGAAGACCCCUGAACGAGGCGGCCGCCGAUUCAACUGCGUGAGGCGAUGGAAACUGUGGAGACACUACUGCAAUUACUUCCCUAUCAAGCUCCUGAAGACUCAUGAUAUUUCCCCCAGCCACAACUACAUCCUCGCUUGCCACCCCCAUGGGCUCAUGUCUCAUGCAUGGUUUGGCAAUUUUGCCACUGAAGCCACAGGCUUCUCCAAGAUCUUUCCUGGCAUCACCUCCUAUACACUCACACUAGGAGCCUUUUUCUGGGUACCUUUCUUGAGAGACUACAUAAUGUCUACCGGGGUCUGCUCUGUGAGCCAGUCCUCCAUGGACUUUCUGCUUACUCAGAAUGGCAAAGGGAACAUGCUCAUUGUGGUGGUCGGUGGUCUGGCUGAGUGCAGAUACAGCCUGCCGGGGUCUUCCAGCUUGGUCUUGAAAAACAGAUGCGGCUUUGUGCGCAUGGCCCUUCGUCAUGGGGUGGCUCUGAUCCCUGCCUAUGCCUUUGGGGAGACAGAUCUAUACGAUCAGCACAUUUUCCCUCCGGGGAGCUUUGUAAGCUGCUUCCAAAAGUGGUUCCAGAGCCUAGUGCACAUCUACCCUUGUGCUUUCUAUGGGCGUGGCUUCACCAAGAACUCCUGGGGCUUUCUGCCCUAUGCACAGUCUAUAACCACCGUUGUUGGGGAGCCUCUACCAAUGCCCAAGAUUGAGAACCCAAGCCAGGAAGAUGUGGCUAAAUACCACACACUCUACAUUGAUGCCCUGCGUAAAUUGUUUGAUGACCAUAAGACCAAGUUUGGCAUCUCAGAGACCCAGGAGCUGGAAAUACUUUGA